GGCUAAUAAACUUGAUCAUUUAUUUGAGCUAUCUGUUAAAACUUCAUUUGAUCUAAAUGCAACAGAUGCUUUUAAUUUACUAUUAAGUAGCAUUGUAUCAUUAUUGCUACUGUCUAAAUAA